GUCCCUUUCCUCCUUUCUCCUCCCUUUCUCCCCUUCCCCUCCUCCCCCCCCGUUUUUCCUUUCGCUCCCAUCUCACCAACACCCACAUGGCAGUCGACAGGUGCGCCUGGUGCAGCCAUUGAGAGCUGUGCGUACACUGCUGCCAUGGAUCUCCUUGUGUCUUCGUCAGGGAUUCUCUCGUUGGCUCUCGUGCUCUACGUAGAGACGCGACAGCCCCCCCAUCACGGCUUUCACUCAGAUUCGGCGACUCUCCACGAACAAGGAACUCCCUCGGCACGCCGUCACACGCUCCUGCCUUCCCCCCCUCCAAGGACAAGAGCUCGUCACAGCUCGUGGCAAAUAGGGUCCUCUCACAACUCAAGAGGCACCCCUCGCGGCCCGGUGGUGUGCUUGGUCUGGUGUUGCGUGCUGGUGUCGUGUGGCUGCUGCUGAUGGUGGCCUACGAGAUCCACUGGCUGCAUCAAGUCAUGACGACACAGCAGACGUGGACGUGCCCAGACCGGCCUGCCGACCAUGUCAUCUUCCUCGCACAUGGCUGGAUCAGCCAACCAGACGCCAUGGAUGGUAUGGUACACACCCAAAAACCCCAAGACACACACGUCCACACCUAUAGCUGAGAAGCUUCGUGUGGACGUCUGUCGCUGUCUGUCUGUUUGUUUGUUUUGUGUGUCAGUGAUGGCGAUGGAGAUCUCUGAUCGCGCGCGGAGCCUUUACUCGACGAGCAACGGCAACAGCACUGACGAUGGCGGCCCAUGCGUCUUGAUCCACAAGCUACACGCAAACUGGGGCAUGGUUAGAAGCUGGUUUGCAACGGCCGACGGCAUUGACUCCGGUGGACGGCGAAUUGCCUCCGUAAGCCAGCACUCACCAAGGGAAAAGGCGACACACGUGUCGGACUCGAUUGUUCUUGUGACUCUCUCUUGGCCUUUCCCUUGUCGGUCGCAGGAGAUGCGUCAGGUGAUUGCGUCGCACCCAUCGCUCCGGAAGAUGUCACUGGUGGCUCACUCGAUGGGCGGGGUCUACGGGCGCUAUGCUCUCGGCACCCUUCUCAUGCAAGAUGACCAGCGCGAGAAAGCCGAAGGCGGGGCCCUGAUUGCCGGCCUCAGGCCAGUCAACUUCGUGACAAUGGGCAGCCCUCACGCUGGCGUCGAUGGCCACUUCUUCCCCGUCUUUGAGGAGCUUGGCGCCCUCCUGUACCUCGUGGACCUGCCCUUUGCCCUCGGCGACUUGCUGCGGCGUGUGCUUCCUCUCGGCGCCAAAUACGGCCGCACCUUCACGCAGCUCUUUCUGAGGGACGGAGGCGAGUUUUUCGACCGCAUCUCUGACCCCAACGGGCCGUUCUUUCGAGCUUUGGCAAGGUUCCAGGCGCGAAACGCCAUUGCUGCUGCAGAGGUGACUGAGUGAGAACACACACGCACCUUCAUCAAUCGGUCCCCACGACGCAUGCAUAUCUGACUGAGACGCUUGUUGGUGUCCUUUUCGCCGCCUGAAUUCCCUGCAGCAUGACUACCUUGUACCUUGCGCGUCAUCGACAGUGCUGACGUCGUGUCCGUUUGAGUACAAGCACCUCGAGGACCCUGACUACCCCCACGUGAUAGCGACCUACGCCACCAUAGCUGAUCCAUCUCGAAUGGCGCACCCCUCCCACCCCCCGCCCCCCGAAGUCCACGAGUGCCCAACCGUCCAGGAGCUGGGCCACGGCAAAGGCCUCUACCAUCGGUCGACACUCGAGCAUACCUUGGUCACCCGGCUGGCCGCUCUCGAGUGGACGCACACAAUAGUGCGGUACCAGGGCUUUGCCAAGCUGUUCGCCCACCAGCUGCUGGUAUACAUGUUCCGGCGGUAAGCUGCCAACACAACAGAAACACAACCCCUCUUUCCUCUGCACACACACAAUGCUCAUGGCUGUGUGUGUGUGUGUGUGUGGAUGGAUCGCAGGACGCUUGAGGUCAUCGGCGGCAAGUACCACGAGGUCCCCAAGUAUGUCGCCGAACAACUCGUCUUUUGAUCGGUGUGUGGAUGGAUGCCGGGAUAGCUAGCUGACAACCACCCGAUCACCUACCUGGUGGAGCGGAUGAAAGGAGGGCGAUGUACGUUUGGCUGCUGAGCGUGCGUAGCGGAGGAAAAGCAGAAGGCAGUGCCAUGGCGUGGCAUGGCGCGACGUGGGGGGGUGGGUGAUGUGGCUGACGGAUGCAGUGCAUGGGAGGGGCCGUGUUGUGGCGCCGGCGCCUCAACCAUGAUGCCUGUAAGCAAGCAGCGUUCCUCGCGAUCCGUGUGUGCGUCCGUGGUGUGGUGUGGUGUGAGCGGUUUUUCGCUUUCGCUCGGUCUGAGCCUCUGUGUUGCCUUGCUUGUCUCGUGAAGAUCUCGAUGUCUGAUGUCUCUCUCUUGUCGUGUGUGUGUGUGUAUGCGUGUUGAGUGACCCCGUGGUGUAUUUGUUCGCCUUUAUGCGGCCCGUAUAGCUCACACUGCUGCAUGUGGCGCGACGGCACAUCGUCACGCCAUCGGAGAUGGAUGAUGCAUCAUGUGCGUGUGCUUCUUCCGGGUGGUGGGGUGUGAGUGAUGUGGCUGUGUGGAUGCAUGGUCAUGUCUGUGUCAGUGCAUGUGUGUGUGUGGGUGGGUGGGUGUGUGUUGGUGUGUUGGUGUUGUGUGCAUGUGGCUAGCCUUUUUCCAGUACCGUGUUCACUGCCGUAGGUCUCCGUGCACUAAGUUGCCUGUGCUUUGACUGUCUGGUGUUAUUUUGGAUGUGUGUGGUGCAUGCGGUGCGUUGUGGACACACUCAAGAUAGAUAUAGUAGGCAACUAUGAGUCAGUCCUUGUAGACCUACGCUGUGCAGUCUUGGUGUCUGGCACCAAAUCGUGUUGCAAUUAAACGUUCCGG